CACAUUCAUCACCCAGCCUUGUAUUGCAGCAGACUCAAGAAAAAGGAUGCCCUGAGCAUCCCCUUCCUGAACUAGGGCAGCUGCUUAAGAAAAAUAGCAGGAAAGGAAUAUCUUUUCCAAAAGAACUGCUUAUAUCAUUAAAUUCAUUUGGAAUGGACAAUGGAAUGUUCCCUGCUCUUAUCAUGAUCAAAAAAUUCUUCCUUCUCUGCAUUUUCAUGAGUUUAGCCAGUCACUUUGGCUUUUCACAAUUGCCAACAGCUUCAGGGAAAGAUGACAUCAAUGAUAAUAUUACCAUAUUCACCAGGAUUUUGGAUGGCCUACUGGAUGGCUAUGACAAUAGACUGCGCCCAGGACUGGGAGAGAGAAUAACUCAGGUGAAAACAGACAUCUAUGUUACCAGUUUUGGUCCAGUGUCAGACACAGAAAUGGAAUACACCAUUGAUGUAUUUUUUCGACAAAGCUGGAAAGAUGAAAGACUUCAAUUCAAAGGACCGAUGCAACGUCUCCCUCUUAACAACCUGCUUGCCAGCAAGAUAUGGACCCCAGAUACUUUCUUCCAUAAUGGUAAAAAAUCUAUAGCUCACAACAUGACAACACCAAACAAACUUCUACGCCUUGAAGAUGAUGGCACCCUACUCUAUACCAUGAGAUUGACCAUUUCUGCUGAAUGCCCCAUGCAGCUUGAAGACUUCCCCAUGGAUGCACAUGCUUGCCCACUAAAAUUUGGAAGCUAUGCUUAUCCCAAUUCUGAAGUGGUCUAUGUCUGGACUAAUAGCACCACUACAUCUGUGGUUGUUGCAGAAGAUGGGUCACGACUUAACCAGUAUCAUCUGAUGGGCCAGACUGUAGGAACUGAAAACAUCAGUACCAGUACAGGUGAAUACACUAUUAUGACAGCACAUUUUCACCUGAAAAGAAAGAUUGGUUAUUUUGUCAUCCAGACGUACCUUCCAUGUGUUAUGACCGUGAUCUUAUCACAAGUGUCCUUUUGGCUAAACAGAGAAUCCGUCCCUGCUAGAACUGUCUUUGGAGUAACAACAGUUCUUACCAUGACCACUUUAAGUAUUAGUGCCCGCAACUCCUUGCCAAAAGUGGCCUAUGCGACAGCAAUGGACUGGUUUAUAGCUGUGUGUUACGCCUUUGUAUUUUCUGCGCUGAUUGAAUUUGCCACAGUCAACUACUUUACAAAGAGAAGCUGGGCAUGGGAUGGCAAAAAAGCUUUGGAAGCUGCAAAAAUCAAGAGAAAAGAGCGUGAAUUACUAGGAAACAAAUCAAUUAAUGCUUACAGUGCUGGAAAGACAGGCCCACCACCAAACAUACCAAAGGACUCAGCCCCAUCAGUCAUCUCAAGCUCUACUACUGUUGCAGUGAAAUCUGCUGAAGAAAAGCCUGCUGAAAGCAAAAAGACUUAUAACAGCAUCAGUAAGAUUGACAAAAUGUCCCGAAUAGUUUUUCCAGUGUUAUUUGGAACUUUUAACUUGGUCUAUUGGGCUACGUAUUUGAAUAGGGAACCUGUUAUUAGAGAUGCUACUUCUCCAAAAUAAACUGAAGGACUCCAAAAUCACUUGUGAGCCAUACUAAUAAAGCAAACACUACCAUGGAGAAUAUGAAGGCCAGAAGACUUUCUAUUCUUGGGCAAUAUUCUUCAGGAAGUUUUUGCAUGUUUAAUAAUAUGUACAAAUAAUAUUGCCUUGAUUGUUUCUACAUGUAACCUCAGAUAUUUCUGAGACAUUGACAUGAAUUAUUACAGCCACAGAUCUUUUUAGAAGAACAGAAGAGCGGGCAUUGAACAUGGCUUCUGUGGCACAUGGUAUCUUGCAUUGAUAGUUUGUAAAUAAAAUAAGUUAUAUUUUUAACUGUUCAAGCGUAUUACAUAUCUGUAGUUUUUAUAUGUCCAAUGUACAGUUAUACAUACAUAGGCAUAUCCUGUAUUUUACAGAAAUGCUCCAUUAUUGUCAUCUGAUAGGGUACUGUGGGUAAUGUAUGUGGUAAAUAGAGUAUUAUCUCUUAUAGGGUCACAUUCCAUCACCCUUACUCUCUCCAAAUAGCAUCUUAUUUCACAAAUAAUUCCAUCACUUCAGAUUCUCAGCAAGUGGAAAUUUGACACAGUACCUAGUACUGAAUGGAACUUUGCUGAUUCACACACACACACACACACACAGAGCCAAGAAUCUGGGUCACAGAUAUGGGACUGCUUCAGGAGCAAGGUGUUAUUCAAUGUAAAUAAAAGUUGUAAAAUCUUACCUUAGGAGGAAAGGUCAGUUUUUUCAUACUCCAACUACAUUUUUCUCCUGUAAUUCUAAUUUUUUAUUGCAAAAAUCAGGCAUACAUUACACAAAAUUAUCUUGAAAAUAAACUAAAAACAUACCAUGCAGAUAAAACAUUAAAGUCCUUAAUAUACACAUUCAUUAAGGUAACAAAUUCAGGGAGUUUGGACAACAUCUUCCAUUGAAGAUGAUGUAUGAAAAAGAUGCUUCUGAAAUAAUGAUUAUAUCUUACUCACAAUAGCAAGAGAUCCCAAAUUAUCUAUCAACACAAAAAAAGGUGAUAAAGAAUGCAAGUUACAUGUGAUAGCGAGGGUUUUCAGAGACAAUGCAAGAAUUUUGGUCUUUGCCUGAAACUUUUCUUUAUUACUUCCUUGCUGCUGUCAUUGUGUUUUGCUUCAACAAUGAAUGAGAAAGUGUAAUUUAAGUUUUCACCUUUUUCCUUAAACGCCUGGCAUGACUGCUCCC